GUGGCUCUUCGGGGAGUGGGAGAUUUCCUCCCGGCCGGUGGCUUUCUGCGAGCCCUUGGGGCCCCGCUUUCUGGACGACGCGACGCGUGCCGGGAUCCGAGAGGAUUUCGAAGGAACUGAACCCGCCAAGCCCCUGAAAUGGAAAUCGAGAUUCUAUUGGCAAGUCUUGGACCAGACAGGCGAAGUCAGGCCGCGGGCUCCUUCCUUCCCCUCCGGCUUGCUGCUGGCCUCGCCCUCCCUUGCGGCCGGCUGCCUGGAGAAGGUGGUUCAGUACCGAGCCUACAAUGCUGGCCAAGAGAUCUCGGCCUUCCUGAAGCAAAGCGUGCCGCGGGUGGUUGCCGAGGCCGACCCACGGGUGCAACCUCUGCAGAUCUCCGUGUCCUUCCCCGUGGAAACAGAGGACGAAGAGCUGAUCCGCAGCGUGACCCUGAAGCUGGAAGCUUGCCGGACGCAGCAGGUACAGGAGACGGAGUUCAUCUCCUCGGAGCUGUUCCACCAAAAGAUCUUCACCGAUGGUGAGCUGGACAGCGAGGGAGACUUCGAGGUCCUCAAUGCGUACACUCUCCUGGAGCCUGGCCGCGUAGCGGUGAGGAAUCGCGUGGCCAAGUAUCUGAUUCCGGCAGACGACCUCUACAAGGAGGCGGAUAGCCGGGCGGUCAGCUGGGCGGACUACGAGUGGGAGCUGCGCCGCCUGAGCACCUGCAUUGACACACCUUAUGGCCAAGAAUGCGCGACUUCCCAGGAAGGGCAAGGGGAUGCCAGAUGCUGA